AUGUCCUGGAAGCUCACUAAAAAGUUGAAGGAGACCCAUCUGGCUCCCUUGACUUCGUCCUUCGGCCGAUCCUCCUCUACCUCCACUAUCAAGGGCGACUCCAACGGCGACGAGGCGACAACGCCUGUGUCAUCCAACCCGCCCAGCAUCAAUUCCGCCACCCCGUCAACAAAUGGAAUUUUGGCCUCCGAGUCUCUCGUUUCUCCGCCUGUGGCUACUGUGAACCCAGGUAUUCUGAUCGUUACCCUCCACGAAGGGCGCGAUUUUUCACUGUCCCCCCAUUUCCAACAAAUCUUCAACUCGCACUUCCAAAAUAACUCCUACGCGCCCUCUUCAUUACGCCCAAGUACCUCCUCCUCGUCGCACUCGGCUCAAAACCAAGCGGGCUCGUUUGUGCAGUCGGGCCGACCGCAGUCCACAAGCGGGGGAAUCAACGCCGCCCCCACUAUCCAUGGUCGCUAUUCUACCAAGUACCUUCCUUACGCCCUCCUCGAUUUCGAAAAGAACCAGGUCUUCGUGGAUGCGGUGUCGGGCACUCCCGAGAGCCCUUUGUGGGCUGGCGACAACACAGCCUUCAAGUUCGAUGUGUCUAGGAAAACCGAGUUGAACGUGCAGCUGUACCUGCGCAACCCUGCAGCCCGGCCUGGCGCCGGACGGAGUGAAGAUAUCUUCCUGGGCGCAUGCAAGGUUAACCCGCGUUUCGAAGAGGCCCAGCCCUACAUCGAGGACCCCAAGCUGAGCAAGAAGGACAACCAGAAGGCUGCCGUCGCUCACGAGGAGCAAGGGCGUCAACUGGGCCAGCAGGGUGCCGAAUGGUUGGACCUGCAAUUUGGAGCCGGUUCGAUCAAGAUCGGUAUCUCGUUUGUGGAAAACAAGCAGCGCAGUCUGAAGCUGGAAGACUUCGACUUGCUCAAGGUUGUGGGUAAGGGUAGUUUCGGCAAGGUCAUGCAGGUCAUGAAGAAGGAUACUGGCCGAAUCUACGCCCUCAAGACAAUCCGCAAGGCCCACAUUAUCUCGAGAUCGGAAGUUACGCACACACUCGCCGAGCGAUCAGUGCUGGCUCAGAUCAACAACCCGUUCAUUGUUCCCUUGAAGUUCUCUUUCCAAUCACCAGAGAAGCUGUACCUCGUCCUCGCAUUUGUGAACGGAGGAGAGUUGUUCCACCAUUUGCAAAGAGAACAACGAUUCGAUAUUAACAGAGCCCGCUUCUACACCGCAGAGUUGCUCUGCGCUCUCGAGUGCUUGCAUGGAUUUAAGGUCAUCUACCGAGAUCUGAAGCCCGAGAACAUUCUCCUGGAUUACACUGGACACAUUGCUCUCUGCGAUUUCGGUCUCUGCAAGCUGGACAUGAAGGAUGAGGACCGAACCAACACUUUCUGUGGAACACCCGAAUACCUUGCCCCAGAACUCCUGCUCGGCAACGGCUACACCAAGACCGUGGAUUGGUGGACUCUGGGUGUACUGCUAUACGAGAUGUUGACAGGUCUUCCUCCGUUCUACGAUGAGAACGUCAACGAGAUGUACCGCAAGAUUUUGCAGGAGCCCUUGACCUUCCCCAGCAGCGACAUUGUGCCCCCCGCUGCCCGGGAUCUGCUAACCCGACUGCUGGAUCGGGAUCCCGUGCGCCGACUCGGUGCGAACGGUGCUGCUGAGAUCAAGUCGCACCACUUCUUCGCCAACAUUGACUGGCGCAAGCUUCUGCAAAGGAAGUACGAGCCCAGCUUCAGACCCAAUGUGGUUGAUGCCCGUGAUACGGAAAACUUCGAUCGCGAGUUCACCUCCGAGGCACCCCAAGACUCCUACGUCGAUGGACCCGUCCUGUCGCAGACGAUGCAACAGCAAUUCGCCGGUUGGUCAUACAACCGACCAGUGGCUGGUCUCGGCGAUGCGGGUGGCAGUGUCAAAGAUCCGUCCUUCGGAAGCAUCCCGGAGUAA